AUGUGUACUCGUGCUCAGAAUGUCGGCAUCAAGGCCAUGGAAAUCUAUUUCCCCAGCCAGUGCGUUGACCAAGCCGAGCUGGAAAAGUUCGACGGCGUGUCUACUGGAAAGUACACCAUCGGUCUUGGGCAGACAAAAAUGUCCUUCUGCGAUGACCGGGAAGACAUCUACUCCCUCGCUUUGACCGCCACAAAGUCGCUCCUUGAGAAGUACUCGAUCGACCCCACCUCAAUUGGCCGUCUCGAGGUUGGUACCGAGACAAUUAUCGACAAGUCCAAGUCUGUAAAGUCCGUCUUGAUGCAGCUUUUUGCACCAUCCGGAAACACCAACAUUGAGGGUGUCGAUACCAUCAAUGCAUGCUAUGGUGGUACCAACGCCCUUUUCAACGCCAUCAACUGGGUUGAGUCCUCCGCGUGGGACGGCCGCAACGCGAUUGUCGUUGCUGGUGACAUUGCGCUGUACAAGAAGGGCGCUGCCAGACCUACCGGUGGUGUUGGUUGUGUUGCUAUGCUUAUCGGCCCUGAUGCCCCUCUUGUCCUCGAGCCAGGAAAACGUGGUAGUUAUAUGGCGCACGCAUAUGACUUUUACAAGCCUGACUUCACAAGCGAGUACCCGGUUGUUGAUGGCCACUUCUCCAUCCGUUGCUACACCGAGGCUGUUGACGCUUGCUACAAGGCGUACAACAACCGGGAAGCAACCAUUGCCGCCGCUGCUGCAAAACACCAGGGUGUCGCCAAUGGCAAUGGCCACACUACUGUAAGUGAGGGCAUCGAGCGAUUCGAUUACAUGCUCUUCCACGCUCCUACCUGCAAGCUUGUCUCCAAGUCGUAUGCCCGCUUGCUGUAUAACGACUUCUUGGCCAGUCCGGAGGCUGAGCAGUUCAGCACCAUCCCCGCGGACCUCCGCGAACUCGACUACGAGCAAUCGCUAUCUGACCGCAACAUUGAGAAGACUUUCAUGGGUCUCGCCAAGAAGAGGUUCCAGGAACGUGUCCAGCCUGGUUUGACUGCGCCCACAAUGUGCGGUAACAUGUACACUGCCAGUGUCUACUCUGGACUUUGUUCUCUUUUGUCAAACGUUUCUUCCGAGGGUCUUCAGGGCAAGAGAAUCGGUCUCUUCUCCUACGGUUCAGGGUUGGCGGCUUCCCUGUUCUCCGUGAGAAUAAAUGGAAGCACACAGGAGAUCUCUGAGAAGCUUAACUUGCUGGAGAGACUCGAGCAGAGGAGAGUUGUUGAGCCACAGGUUUACGAUGAUAUGUGCAACCUCCGCCACAACGUUCACGGAAAAGGCAACUUCACUCCCGCCGGUUCAGCCGACACUAUCUCAAAGGGAGCCUACUACCUGAACAAGGUUGAUGAGCUCUACCGCAGGGAAUACAUCCGCAAGGAGUAA